GGUAGAGGGGUUAACAGCAGAAAGACAGCAAGACGUGUUUUCGUCGUCAGCCUUCUCACUUCCAAAUCGUCAGGUGCUGUUUGGACUGGAAGAAACGUGGACGCGUUGUCGCAGCACCCCCUCCCGUGGGAAGCAAGUAAUUGAAGUCUGGAAUGAAAAUGGCUGCCAGAGCGCUGUACUUAUCGAUGGUGAUCUCCACACUCUUCGGUGCCUUACUUGGAUGUCCAACAGUUUGUACCUGCUCAAUUAAAUAUGGACGUUCCUUUGCGGAAUGUCCCGACAGAGACUUGGUUGAGAUCCCAACGGGCUUGCCUCGCAAUGUCAACGUUGUCAUUUUCUCAGCAAACAAGAUCCGUUCGGUACCACGAGGCAUCUUUCGCAACGUCACCCAGACCAUGUCGCUGUGGAUGUCCCACAAUGAGAUCGUCUCCGUCGAGCCGGGGAGCCUGGCGCCCAUGGUUCUUCUUCGUAAUUUGGACAUCAGUCACAAUAAAAUGGUUGACUUUCCGUGGAGGGAUCUGCGCAAUCUCACUGACUUGCAGUUGCUGAAGAUGAACCACAACGAGUUGCUCAGUCUGCCCAGAGAUGCUUUCGUGAAUCUGCAAAACCUGAGGUCCCUUCGCCUGAACAACAACAAGUUCUUGACGAUAGCCCAGGGGACGUUCGACGCUUCGGUUUCCCUAUCCCACUUACAGAUCUUCAGCAAUCCUUUUUCGUGCUCUUGUUACGUCAACUGGUUUCGAGAUUGGCUGUCAACGACCAGCGUCACCGUCCCCGAGCGGAACUCGAUCACUUGCGCGACUCCGGCGACACUUCGAGGAGAAACGAUCACGAACUUGCCCGAGAUCAAAUGCGAGCAUCCAAAUGUGACAAUACGGACCGAAGCGAAUAUCGACGGUUUGCGCGAGGGCGAUGCUUUGGUCUUGAACUGUGAGUCUCGAGGAAACCCGAAUCCAUCGGUUAUGUGGGAUAUUCGCAGUCCAGCACAAGAACUGAACGUAUCUUUCCUAGCGGAUGACUCGGGUGAAUCAAGUAUAAGGUCGCUGUGGUCCAAUAAUUCCGUCCAGAUCUUUAAUAACGGAACCCUUAUCAUCUCGCCGCUCAGCGUAGAAGUCGCGGGCGACUACGGCUGCUCUGCCUCGAACGAAUUUGGCACUGCAGCGGACUCCCUUUCCGUCCGAGUGGCGCCUUCGCCAAAACGACCAUCGGCAAAGGACGCAAAGAUCACAAGCGCCGGUUACGGUACAACCCAGGAACCAUUCCAACCAAUAACUGCAAUGUCUGAUUUCGAUUCUGUAUCUGACCCGGAUCUGCCCACCGGAGAGAUCAUAAGUGCAUCCAAAUGCGGAUCGAACGCCAAAAAACGACACGUUUCGAGCGGGAGCUGGGACGACGCAAAGGACCACGUGUUCGACUUUGGCGUCAUUGCCCUGUGGGUGUCAGAAACGGAGGCGACCAUACGACUCGACCCGCUUCUAAUACCCGGAGAAAAGCGGGCGAACCGGACGGCCGCCAUCGUCGGCGCUUCGGAGAGCUCUCGUAACGCCGCCGCGAAUCACGAGGAGGACUCGGCUUGGCGAGGACUCUAUCUGUGCGUUACCACCGAGCACAAACGCUUGCCCGUGCUGUGGUCGCUGGUUAAAGAAGGUCUCAGCACCUACCUGCUCAGUGAUUUGCGGCCCGGUACCAACUACUCCUUGUGUUUGACCUAUAAGGGCGAAGACUGCGAGAUGCAAGUGGUCUUCGCCACCAAAAAGAAAGUCCCCAAUCUGAUCAUCAUCAUCUCGGUCAGCAUCUGCCUUCUGACCGUGUCCACCGUUCCUCUUCUGGGAGCCAUGUGCUUCCACUUGGUGUACAAAUACCACAACAAGACAUGCAAGUUGAUCCUCAAGGCCAGAGACCAGUACCAGAUGGAGAGGAGCCCAAACGCCAACGUCAACAUGGCGCCGCUAGCCGAGUCCCGGCGGAAUACCCACGUCGAAGACGACGGGGCGACCGAGAGUUUGGAUGGAGACAAAGAGGCGGAUACGGAAGAAAGCGUCAUGACGGAGACCGUCACUUUGUCCCUGUCAAGAGGGAAUUUGGAUGACUGCGAGGUGGGAUCGGACUUCAGCGAUCGGCUUCCUUUGGGAGCCGAAGCCGUCAAUAUCGCAAGCAAUUAGAAAUACGGCAAAGUGCACUUGGUCGAAUGUAAAGCUGCUGUUGUUUCAUUUUGUGCCAGUGACGUUCGCCACAUUUGUGUGUUGUGUUUUGUGGAUGCGCUCUAGUGCCGACUGAAGGACCAAAAAAACAAAAAAAAAAAACAAAAAACCCCAAAACUUACCACUCACUCAUUAGACAAUCGGACAGUGUUAAGAAAAUAAGAGUAGAGACACACCAUUAAAAAAAAUAUAUAUAUAUAUAUAUAUAUAUAUAGCAUUUCUAUUGUUAUUGCUGAGAGACGCACUUUGAACCAAACAAAGUGGCCUAUAUUGCGAAACAAUACGUCUAGAAAAUUGCACAUGUGUAGUAAAAAAAAAUAAAUAGAUAAGAGCGUAAAAGAUGAAAAUGUCCAAUAUGUAAUCCAUAUACAGUAUCUUCUUAUCAGGAUAUUUUGAAGGCUUUUUCACAGCCAUCUGAAAAAACAUACAGCCGUGUUCAGAAUAACAGCAGCGUGUUUUAAAAAAUACCAAGCAAAGCUCACCCUUAAAAUCACGUUUGUUGCGUUUCUUCCGGGACCUUAAUGAUGAAGAAUUUGUGGGCAAAAAAAAUAAAAGAAUUGCAGAAUGUUGAA